GACCAGCGUGCUGUCCAAGCAAUGGCGUAUCGCCUGGACCUCCACUCCAUACGUCAAUCUCUCCCCCUCAAAGGGCGCCUCGAUCGGCACAGCACUGAGCCGCUGCACAGCCGCUCAGCUAGAUAAGUUCCAUCUCGAUGCUGCUAAGCCUGAGAUCAACAUCCUCACCAACACCUAUCGGUGGAUUCUCUCCGCCGUGCAGCACAAAGUGAAAGACGCUUCGUUGGUCUUUGCAGAUUACAAUUUCCGCGCACCAGAGUUCUUGUGCAGUUGCGCUUCGCUGGUGAGCUUGCGAGUGUCGAACUGUAUUUUUUCACCGGAUAUUACCUUCCACUGGCCUUCCCUUAAGAAACUGUGCCUUCACGACGUCCCCUUGCAAGAGGAUCAGAUGAUGGAUAUCUUGAGCGGGUGCCCUGUUCUUAAUUGAAUCUCUUAAGUUGCAGCGUUUGCGUUCCUCGCGCGGCACAUGCAAUCUCCGGAUCGAUUCAAGAUCUCUGAGAGAGCUAGUGAUUGAGUACUUUUAUAUACUGUCGCUUGAUGUUUCGGCUCCGAAUCUGCUUUCGUUGUGUUUGUCGGUCUUGUUUGUCCUCACAGGCUUUAGACUAAAUGGAGCAUCAUCAUUAGAAGAGGCUGAGUUGAACUUUGACACGCCGACUGAUUUCCGUGGCGACUUUCCUGAACGAUUGAAGUUCCUUCUUGAGCAGCUGCAACAUGUCGCGAAAAUCACUAUGGGAAGCUGGUGCAUUGAGGUUCUAUCAGUUGCAGAGGCAAAGGGAACGCCGCACCUGUCAUCGAGAUGGCGCAAUAUCAAAGUGUAUACUACAGUUUGUAAACGCGAUCUUCUAGGGCUGGCGUACUUGCUGCAGAGUUCUCCACUCCUGGAAAGGCUAGUCAUAUGCAAUCCAAAAUCCAAUAGAUUCAUGAACAAGGAUUUUCCGGAGCUCGGCGACUUUGAUGAAAAGCAAUUCUGGCGCUCACAGAAGGAGUUCUAUUGCGUGGCAAAUCAUCUCAAAAGGGUUGAAAUUGUCGGGUUCGUAUUUUACUACGGAGGAUCGAUACUUUUGCUUGCGCUGGCUAAGUUUCUUCUCGAGGAGGCAGUUGGAUUGGAGAAGAUGAUAAUAGACGCUGGAUGUUAUUUGUGGCGUUGCCGUUACCGUCGAGGACUACCCGCUAACCGUCAUGAUCGUCGCCGUCAAGUAGUACCCACCGACCCUCAUGAUCUUCAGGAUUUCCACGACGUGAUUCAGCUGCAAAAGGGCUGUCGGAGAGCUUCUCGAAAUGCUGAAGUUAUAGUCAAUUACCGUUUCAAUGGACUCCCUUACGAGUUAUGGAAGCAUAAGAUAAUCACAGGUCAGCUCAAUCCUUGAUUUGCAUGACCUUAGGUAGCUUUGGCUUGGAAAUGAAAUUGCUCGUCUCUUUUUGCUGUCACUUUUGACAGUGUGUAAAUAAGUUGGGUUUACCAAAUGCUUUGAUGUCGCUUCAUUCUGGGCUUUUAGACUUUGGG